CUUUCUCUCAGCUGAGUCUGACAUGUUCUCAAGGUUGACCAGUAAUGUACCUGUGUGUGUCUCAGAGCUACAAGAAGUGUCGGAGCAUGCUCAGACUCAGUGCAAAGCGGAGAAACAAAGGCGCAAGGAGCUUGAGGUGAAGGUUGCCAGUCUGGAGGAGGAGCUUAUGGAUCUGCGAACUGAAAGAAAAAAUCUGGAGAAGAAUUUAGCAGAAAGGAAGAGGAAAGCAGUAACGGAGCGGCAGCGGGCGGAGGAGGAAAUGGAUGAAAUCCGGAAAUCGUAUGAAGAGGAACUGGGAAAAGUGCGGUCGUUGCUGAAGAAAACCCGAACAUCGACUGACCAGGCUGCAGCAGAGCAGAUUGCUGCGAUGCAGGCAGAACUGGAAUCUGAGUGGCAGGCCAAAUGUGAUCGGAAACUGGCAUUAGCCAAGGAACAGCACAGUCAGCAGUACCAGGAAGUCUGUGAGCAACGGGAUUCCCAGCAGCUUCAGAUCUCCCAGUUGGAGACAAAGUUGGCAUUGUUGAAGCAGUCCCGUCAAGUGGAGGAAGACAGGCUCGGCUCACUCCAGGAACAAGCAGAGGAGCUGCAGGCAUUGAAGGAGCGGUAUUCAUCCCUGCAGAGCAGAGCGGCUGCAAUGAAGGAACAUUAUGAUAGCCAAAUCCGUGAACUCCAACAACGGGUCCCUGCAACUACUGAAGCAUUGCAGUCAGCUGAUACUGCUGAGGAGGUAUGGGGGAGAGUUAUUGUUACUGUCACAGUAACACAAUGAAAGAUGCUUGAUUGU